AGGCGGGCGGGCCAAUUAGGCAGUACAUAUAAAUACGACGGGAUAUGUGUAGUGGAUCAUUCCACACCUCCGUAUCAUCAUGGAGCUCCAAUCCAGUGGACCGCUCUUACUCCUGAUCCUUGUCAUGCUAGUCUGCUUUACAUCAGCAAAUGUGGCAGAUAUCGCCCGGAACCUUACGGCUCACUACGAACUGAUAAACCACAACCCUGGCGGUACCUAUUAUGCUUCAAUUAUUCUCAGCAACCGCGGUAAUACAAUCAUAACCUCUGAUGGGGAAUGGAGCCUUUAUUUUUGCCACGAAAAUCUCAUAGAAUUUGAACGAUUUAACACCAGCACCGGACAAUACAUCAACCCCACCAGCCGAGGUGGCUUUUUGUUGUCACACAUUGGAGGAUGCAUGUACAAGUUUACUCCAGAUCCUCUUAGAUUUAAAAAUAUAAUGCCUAACACCAUGAGACGUAUAACGUUUUUGGCUGCAGCGUCUAUCAGUGGUAUUUUCGAUGUUUAUCCGAAUUUCUACAUAGCAAAUAGCAUGCAAUCCUCGGCCUUGAUACAAAAUACAAAGAUUUAUCGUUAUUUCGUUUCUCCAUUUACAAACAUCUUUCAAUAUACGAGAGACCCGCCAAGAGAUCCAAUUUUGCCCGUAUCGCCUACUAGAAGUUACAUGGUACUAGCAAAUCAAACCGUCCACGAACUUGAAGCAGGCGACAUCCUACCCACGCCUUUAUUGAAAACCGCUCACCAUGGCAAAGUUUUGAUUGACAAAAGCUGGAGGUUCUAUUCACCAGUAGUUGGGCCGGAAGUAGACAGCCUGAUGCCUUAUUUCACAGCAAAACUGGAUAUACCCCGAACGAAGGACAUCAGAACGGAAAACGUUAUCUUGUUCGAAUUCAAUUCUGCCCCAUCUUUCGUGGAAAAUAGCGAUGAAUGGUACAACCUUACUACCAGUGUUACCAAUAAAUACGUCAAAAUCGUAGGUAAAACAACGCACGGAUGGCUGAACGGUUUCCAAACCCUUUUAAACAUCCUGGAAGAGAAAGUACAGCAAGACGGAACACAAUAUUUCGAGGCGCCUUAUCUGCAUAUAGUUGACGCGCCUCGAUUCAAACACCGGUCACUUCUUCUAGACGUGGCUUCGCAAUUUGUGCCAUUGCCGAAUAUAAUGAAGCUACUCCAUAUGAUGGCCCUGGUAAAACUCAACAAACUUCAACUAUUAUUAGCCAAUGACUACGGUAUCCGCCUUGAGAUUGACACCUUGCCAGGUUUUCACAAAGUGGGUUCGAAAAGGUGCCACGACGAAUCUGAACAGUCGUGUCUGUUUUCACAGUUAGGAUCUGAUCCAUCAGGCACUGGAACAGGGUCAGGAUAUUACACAGCCAAGGAGUAUCAGCAACUCCUUUCUUUGGCGAAACAACUACACAUUGAAAUAAUCCCUAUGUGGAGUUUUGACAGUAAUAUGCGGGCAUCAGAAAUAGCCAUACGGGCCUAUAGUAAAGCAAGCAGAAAUCAAACAAUGAACUGGAGUCUACCAGAGUUAGAUAAGACAUCUCUUCUCAAACCAAACCUUUUCAGGAUUGGAAAAAUAGAUAUUUGUGCGGAUGAAACAGUGGCGUUUAUCAGAACCAUAAUAUCAACCAUAAAGUCCUAUCAUUCAGCAGCUAAAUACCCCCUAAAGACAUUUGGUAUUGGUGGCGAGGACACAGAUCCUGAGGCAUGGUAUAAUAAAUGUCUCUUACGUAACAAGUUAAACAAUGAAAAUAAUCCUUAUGUGUUUAGUAAACUUCAAUUUAACAUAAAGCUAUCAAACAUUUUCAUUGAACACAACAUUACUCUGAACGCUUAUGACAACCAGUUUUCGGCGUUUCCAACGAGAUGUAAAAACGCUUUGGAUUGCACGGACUGGUUUACACCUUAUAACCUUACGAAAUGGAUAAAAAACGACAAUUUUAAACUUUCAAUAACUCAUCGGGAUCCCAGAGUAAUGUUUAUGACGAGACAGCGAAUGAUGCGACCUAACGACACCACUGGAGUACACGAUAGAGAAACAAAGAUGAGAAUGUUCCAGAGAAAUGGAUACCCGUCAAUCAUCUCCUUGCAAGACGUACUUGACUUUUCUAUAAAAGAGGAACCAGGCCCGUACGUCCAGGGAGAGAUGCCAUUUGGCAGGUCACCGAUUCCACUUCAACAUGUUUUCAGCAUGUGGCCCGAGUCCUCGUGUUGCUCAAGAUAUGAGUGUUUUCCACAUACAAAUCCGAAUAGAUUAUAUUCUAACGUAAACGGCUUUCUACCGCCACUAUGUUUUGAGGAUCGCAAUGCGCCGGGACCUAUAGGUAAGUUUUUUCUUUUCUUCGAUAAUUCUACUAUCCCGGGUAAACAACUACAAGAAAAGGAUAUUACUAGGGUUUGGCCUAUAAUUAUGUUGUUGGAAUUGUCGAUGAAACCACAUAAUACAUUUACUCAUCCGGAAUACCUGAUUGUAUUAAUCCUAUACUUGAUUAGUUAG